AUGGCAUCUGCGACAUCAUUUGGCAACUCAAACUCUGGGUUGCAAGCCGCUGUCAUCAAUGGAAAUGUUACUGCGCAGUUUCACAACAAAGCGUUUCAACAAUGGCAAGACAAUCCGAGCAGUCGUCUCCUCUGGAUCAGAGGUGACCCAGGCAAAGGAAAGACAAUGCUCCUCUGCGGUAUAAUCGAUGAGCUAGCACAGUCACUUGGGGACACAGCAAACAUUAUCUUUUUUUUUGCCAAGCUACAGACAGACUCGAACUUACAGAGCACGUAUCUGAUCAUCGACGCGCUCGACGAAUGCACAACAGGACUACCCUCACUUCUCGGCUUGAUUACUCAAACAUCUUCUGCUUACCCGCAGACAAAGUGGAUUGUUUCGAGUCGCAACUGGCCUGAUAUCGAGGAGUUUCUCAACACUACGCAGACCACUCUGAUCCCCUUGGAACGAAAUGAAGCCUAUGUAUCGGAAGCCGUGAACAAGUUCAUUCUUCACAAGAUCAGCCAUUUGACCAUGACAAAGAACUACAAAGUUGAAACUCGUGACACUAUCUGCUGUCGCUUGUUGUCAAAAUCGCAAGGUACUUUCCUUUGGGUAGCCUUGGUCUGUCAAGAGCUUGCGCGAACAUCGCCAUGGAAUGCACUCAAGAAGCUGGAAGCUUUCCCUGCUGGGCUUGAUGCUCUCUAUCGUCGGAUGGUUAAUCAGAUUUACCAUUCGGAAGAUGCCGAGCUCUGCAAACGAAUACUGGGCCUCAUGUCAAUAGCGUAUCAGCCUGUCGCACUGGAUGAACUGUUUUCUUUGAUUGAUAUUCCUGAAUAUGAAGCCCUAAAAGGUAUAGUGGCCACCUGUGGUUCAUUUUUGACAUUACGCGAGACCAGCAUCGUUUUCGUCCAUCAGUCUGCAAUAGAGUUCCUACUGAAGGAGACACGACACGAAAUUUUUCCUAAAGGCAAGGAAGCUGGACACUACGAAAUUUUCUCGCGCUCUCUACAAGCUAUGCACAAGACGCUUCAGCGGGAUAUCCUCAAUAUCAAAUUUCCUGGAAUUGCGAUCAAAGAAGUCACACAGCCCAGUCCAAAUCCAUUAGCGGCUGUGAAAUACGCCUGUGUCCAUUGGGUUGAUCAUCUUCAGAAUGGUUGGUCUGAUAAAGUUAAUGAUGUUAGUCUUGACGAUGGUGGAUGCGUGGAUAUCUUCAUGAAAAAUGAAUAUCUUCACUGGCUCGAAGCCCUUAGCAUUCUGGGAAGUCUAUCACAGGGUAUAGCAGCGAUUCUAAAGCUGGAAGACUUACUUCAGACUCUCGAGGGACAUACAGGUCCGGUCCUUUUGAUAUCAUGGUCACAUGAUGGAAGCCGACUCGCGUCCGCGUCUCAGGAUAAAACUGUCAAGAUCUGGGAUCCAGCCACAGGCCAGUGCACGUCAGUCUUCGAGGGGCAUAGUGGCUCAAUCCUUUCAAUCUCAUGGUCACACGAUGGAAGCCGAAUCGCAUCAGCGUCCCAGGAUAAGACUGUACGAAUUUGGGAUCCGGCCACAGGCCAGUGCACGUCAGUUUUCGAGGGACAUAGUGGCUCAAUUCCCUCAAUUUCUUGGUCAAAAGAUGGAAGCCGACUCGCCUCAGCGUCAUUUGAUCAGACGGUUAGAAUCUGGGAUCGGGUCACCUGUAAAUGCAUUCUAGUCCUUGAAGGCCAUAAGGGUGGGGUCUGGUCGGUCGCCUGGUCACACGAUGGAAGCCGACUCAUAUCAGCGUCCCAGGAUAAGACAAUUAGGAUCUGGGCUACGACUAGUAACCAAUGUUUGUCGAUUCUCAAAGGUCAUAGUCUUUCGGUGUCUUCGAUAGCGUGGUCACAAGAUGGAAGCCUAAUCGCAUCAGCGUCCCAGGAUAAGACUGUCAGGAUCUGGGAUCCGGCUACUGGCCAGUGCUUAUCAACCUUCGCUGGCCAUUGUGACUCGAUCAACUGGAUUGCCUGGUCACCAGAUAGACGCAGACUCGCAUCAGCGUCAGUUGACAAAACUGUCAGGAUCUGGGAUACGGUGACCAGUCAAUGCGCCUUGAUCCUUGAGGGGCAUAGUGACUCGGUUAAUACAAUUGUCUGGGCAAACGAUGGAAGACGAUUGGCAUCUGCGUCCUGGGAUAAGACUGUCAGGAUCUGGGAUCAUGUGACUGGCAAAUGUAUAUCAACACUCAAAGGCCAUGGCGACUGGGUUAACUCGAUCGCGUGGUCUCAAGAUGGAAGCCGCCUUGCGUCGGCGUCCUUUGAUGGGACCAUCAGGAUCUGGGAUCCUGUCACCAGAGAGGACUCAGACCUCGAGGGGCAUAGAAAACCGGUCCAUAUGGUUGUCUGGGCGAAUGAUGGAAGCCGACUCGCAGCGGCAUCUUGGGAUACGACUGUUAGGAUCUGGGAUCCAGCUACCGGUAAGUGCGCAUCAGCCCUCGAAGGACAUAGUGGCUCGGUCCUCUCAAUAGCGUGGUCGAAAGAUGGAAGCCGGCUCGCAUCGGCUUCCUACGAUACGACCGUUAGGAUCUGGGAUCCGGCUAUCGGCAAGUGCGUGUCAAUUCUCCAAGGUCAUGGUCUGCCGGUGUCGUCAAUUGCGUGGUCGCAAGAUGAAAGCCGAGUUGCAUCGGCGUUGUAUGAUAACACCAUGAGGGUCUGGGAACCAGUCACUGGCCAAUGUAUUUCAACCCUCGAAGGACAUGACCUAUUGGUCAACAUGAUCGCCUGGACACAAGAUGGAAGCCGACUCGCAUCUGCAUCUCGGGAUAAGAGCGUCCGGAUCUGGGAUCCGGCCACUGGCCAGUGCACAUCAACUCUGGAGGGACAUAGUGACGCAGUCCUCUCAAUCGCCUGGUCGCAAGAUGGAAGCCGACUGGCAUCAGCGUCAUUUGAUAAGACCGUCAGGAUUUGGGAUCCGGCCACCGGCUUAUGCGCUUCAAUGCUUCAUGUCAACUCACCUCAUUUCCUUCAAUUUGAUGAAGUCAACCUAAGCCAACUGCACCUGGCCACUGAGUCAAUCUCCUAUGGCUACCUACUGAAUAUCGACCUGCCCACUACUCUGUAUUCGCUAUAUCUGCAACCACUUUGGCAAUCGGAUGUUCAUCAGGUCGAGUCAUAUUUCUCGCACUCUCCAAGCACGGCCCCUAUACAAUGCAUGACUAGCCAUAUCUUCAUCUGGGGCCUGCUUGCUUUCCUUCCGAAUCCCAAUCUCAGUCGCCACUAG